AUGAACUUGCUUACGAAAGUUCCAUUUCAUAUUUCGCGGUCAAGAUUCGUAAACAAUGUUCUUGUAUCUAAUGCAUGUAACGUCAAGAAAACUUUAACAUAUACUAGAGUUUAUCACUUUCGUCGAUUUUCAACAAAUUCUACAGAACCUAAUGAUGUCCAUAUCAACAAUAAAAAAAAUAAAAAUGCCAGGUCGUUUCGUGUACAAGGACUUGACACAUCCAACUUUCCUGACCUAUCAAAGCUUGAUCCAAUUUUAGAUGUAUCAGGACCGAUAAUUGAUCCUCCAUUUCCGGUAACUCGUCCUUCCGUGGUAAUCACAGCUCCGGAAACCGAAAGUGAUGAUAUUGAUGCUUUAUCAAUUGUCACCAGACUUUCUCCUUCAGAAAUUCGUGAUUUACAGAAACGAACUCUCAUCAUAAAGCGUGUUUCAAGUCAAACCGAGAAGGGUAGAAUUCCUAGCAUGUAUGCUUUGGUGGUAGUAGGUAAUGGAAAAGGUGUUGCUGGUUUUGGUGAGGGGAAACAUGAUGAGGUUCAAACUGCCAUCAAAAAGGCUACCAACAUAGCUAUCAAAAGUUUAAGAUAUUUUGAAAGGUAUGACGAUAGAACCUUAUAUCAUGAUAUAGAACAUAAAUUUCAUGGAACAACGAUAAAGUUUUGGGCUAGACCUCCAGUUGCUAAAUGCAUCGGUAUUCAAGAUAUUUCUGCAAAGGUUCUUGGUUCAUGCAAUGGAAUGAAUGUUAUAAAAUGUACCUUUGAAGCUUUAAAUAGUCAAAACUUGCCUUCUGAAAUUGCAAAAUCUAGAGGAAAGAAUCUGAUGGACGUAUAUCAUACUUAUUAUGGAACUAAAUAA